AUGAAUGAGGCAGUCGAAGCGCUCCUCGAACUCCCCGCUCACACAGAAGACACAAGGGCAAAGAUGGCCAUUAUUGACGCAAUUCUCCACACAGUUGUUGUAGAGUUGCCCGUCUGGGGGUCGUUGACCAUGGGAGGUGAUAAGGAUGGCCUCCCAGUAGCGAGACUGGGUCUAAAGCGUCGGAAUGUCCUUGAGGGCGACACAACGGAACAUGCCGAAGCAUCUGCGUCCACUCGCUGA